AUAUAAUACCAGUCGGAUAUGUAAUUGUUUGUGUACUUUUGGAUGCUUUGUACAACAUGUUGCUGAUUACUGUGCUGAUAAUGUAGAAAUAUUAUUGCUCCGAAUGGAUUACUAGUAGUUCAGACUUGAAUCUAAUUAUUGUAAAAAUUCAGUUUAUUUUACAUGCAGGAUUAAUAAAUGUUGUGUGGUGCAUUCAUUAUUCAUUGCAAAUUAGGAGUAGUUCGCCAUGAAAUAGAAAAUAAUUAAGUAAAAAAUGCUUCUCAGAGGCGUACAAAUUGUCCUUGACAUUUCCGGAGAAACAGCAAAAAAAAGAGGAAGCAUUCAAUAUUUUCUGGUGAAUGCAAAUAGAGCAAUCAUAAAAUAUUCACGUGGUAAGGUUCUGUGAUAAGGUUCCACCUUACUUGAGGCUGUGUGUUCAUUCUGUUUAAUGAGGAAAAAUGAGUCAUUGGGUUUUUUUAAAUCUGCGACAGAAGGCUCUUAUAUUGAUCAUUUGAAAAUAAACAGUUACUGCAAAAAAUUGGUUUUGAAUGCAUGAUGUUGCAAGACAGACUGGUGACCUUCUCGAUAUCCUACUAUUUGAUCAGACUGGAUUUUAUACGAUAUUGACUGGAAUCAGUCUGUUUUGGGAGGCUGGAAUUAUAAAAGCAAAACAGACAAUAUGGAUUAUUAUAUGUUUUCAGUGAUGCGAGUAUUUAUGCGAAUGUGCUCCAAAUGUGGAAAUUGUCUUUCAAACUGGUACUUUGAGAAGCAUGGUCAAUUAUUCUGUAAACAAGACUACUGGUCGUCAUUUGGGGAGGCAUGCAAUGGAUGUACAGAAAUUAUUACAGGGCCUGUUAUGGUUGCUGGUGAGCACAAGUAUCAUCCAGAAUGUUUCCAGUGUGUAAAUUGUCACACAUAUAUUGGCGACGGGGAAAAUUAUGCUCUCAUCGAAAGGUCCAAACUAUUCUGUGGAAUAUGUUACAAUCUGCAAAUGAAACCUAUUCUAACAGAGACACCUCGUCGCCGCCGUAAACCACAUUCUAUACAGAUGAUCGAAGUUGCACCUACCCCAGACAGGCCUCGUGGCCUCCAUUUCAGCAUUGAGAAGAAAUCACUCAAUUCGAGACAAUCUGUCAACAGAAAGCAAGAUAAUCCUAGUUCUCCACAGUUAAAGAUUUCCAAAAUUGAUAGCAAUCCUGAACUUGAGGAUCUGAACAUUGGUGACAAGAUAAUUGAAGUGAAUGGCAUAACUGUUAAAGAUCAAUUUAUAAAAGAAAUAACAUCCGUACUGGAAAACCCUAAUGAAGCCUUACACCUUAUGGUGGAACGUGAUCCCUCACCUCUUCCUCGUGAACGCAAUGCCCGUAGCGUUUAUAGUUCAGACACAGAGUCGGAUACUGAAAGAACGUCGGUGUCAUCCCCAGAAUCUAUGGACAUAGAAGGAACCAAAGUUCUGCUCAGACCAAAGAAUUUAAUAAGUCCAAACAGAAGUAGUCAUGUUAGAAGAAGAAGCAAAUCUCCCUCCCCCAUUCCAACUUCCCGCCAAAAAAGUGUAGACCUUAGUCGAGCUCAGUCAUUCCGUACCAUGCCAGAGACUCACCGUGUGUUCCGUACAAGUGAUCUUGUCCCUGGUCCAGUGUUAGGGAAAGGCUUCUUUGGACAAGCUGUCAAGGUCACACAUAAACUAACUGGAGAGGUGAUGGUGUUGAAAGAAUUGUACAGGUUCGAUGAAGAUGCUCAAAAGAGUUUUUUGAAAGAGGUAUCCGUCCUGAGAAGUUUAGACCAUCCAAAUGUUUUGAAGCUUCUCGGCGUAAUGUAUAAAGAAAAGAAAUUGAAUCUCGUCACAGAGUUUAUAGAGGGUGGCACUUUAAAGGAUCUCUUGCAAGACCAGUCAAAGACAUUGUCAUGGUUACAGAAAGUUAAUAUGGCAAAAGACAUCUCUUCUGGGAUGUCUUACUUACAUUCUAUGGACAUAAUACAUCGUGAUCUCAACUCCAAUAACUGUCUUUGUAGAGCAGACCAGACUGUGGUUGUGGCAGACUUUGGUUUGGCUAGAGUGAUUUCUGACCAUGAUUUGUUCAGGCAGCCUCCUAAGACACCAUCUCCGACAAAAGGUCCAGGCAAGCGGAGAUACCAGAGGAAGAAACGGUACACCGUGGUCGGUAAUCCUUUCUGGAUGGCGCCGGAGAUGAUCAAUGGUCAUAAAUAUGAUGAAAAAGUUGAUGUCUUCUCAUUUGGUAUAGUUCUGUGUGAGAUAAUUGGUCAAGUGUACGCUGAUCCUGACAUUUUGCCAAGGAGUUUUGACUUUAGUCUCAAUGUAGAGGCAUUCAAGGAGAAAUUCUGCAGGGAUUGCCCAAAUGGCCUGUUGAAAUUGGCAGUUAUAUGCGCUCAAAUGAUUCCAGAGAGCAGGCCAUCUUUUGAAAAGGUGAAUCUUUGGUCAGAGAAUCUUAUGCUCCAUCUAGAACAUGGUAUGGCAUUACCUCAAGAGCUCCAGGGUGAUGCUGUGCAAUUCUACAAGGACUUCAAGGCCAGUGUCAUCUCAAAGACCUCUAAAAAAGAGUCUGAAACUGACACAGGUUCAAAGGGAAAGGAGGAAAAAUCUGUGGAGAGAAAAGGCUCAAAGAAGGGACUGAGAAGAAAAUCAAGCCUAAGUGUGAUAAAAGAAAAUUCCAAAAAUCAAACAAAUGUGGACAGUCACAAAGGUGUGAUAAACAAGUCCCAGGACUUGAUGGGAAGUCCCCAAAAAACAGUGGAAAAUUCCAAAAAUGCAGAGGAAAAUUCCUUUGACAGAAUGGAAAAUUCCAAAAAUGCAGUUGAAAAUCACAAAAACUCAGUGGAAAAUUCCCAAAGUGCAAUGGAUAAUAAGACUUUUAUUUUGACAGAUUCUUCAGAUAGUGCUGAAAGUUUCCACACUGCUGUUGGAAGUUCCCAAAACAGUUCAGGAAGUUCUGGCAUUGCAAUGGAAAAUUCCAGUCAUGAAACUGAGCAAUCUCUAACACAUAUGCAAACUGAAGAUAUUUCAAAAGGUGCUGAAGUUAUUUUAAGUGAUGAUUCUGAACAAUGUGAUAGAAAAUUCACCCAAAAUAAUGCAAUCUCUCAAGAAAAUAACAUUAAUAAGACUGUAGAGAUCAGUCUAUACCCCGAGUCUAGAGGAAAAAACCAUGACAUGUCCGAAAUGGAUUUAGGUGAAAAUGAAGUGGAUUUUUCAUUAGAUUCCAUGAAUAUGGAAACCAGUCUAAUAUCAAAAGAAAACCAGGUGCUGGAAAAAGGUACAUACAGUAAUGAAGUGGAUUUAACAUCUGAAAUACAAGUGCCUGUUAUAGAAUUAACUCCAGCUGUGGAACACACAAAUAUGGAGGCUGACGUAUAUCGAUAGUGCUGUUUCCUGAGAAAUUAUAUAUUAUUUUUGCUGGACAUUUGAAGAAUAGUGAGAGCUAUCCUACUCGGCAAUGGUAUCAUCCCUGGGUUAAGUUUUGUGUGCAAAUUCAUAUCUCAGUAACCGUUGCAUGUAAUGUGUUUAAACUUCACCCAUGGCUUCAUUAGUUAUCAGUCCUACUGAAAUACCAAAUAUGAAACCUCUUGGAUGAAUUUAAUAUGAACUAUGAUUUCUCUAUUUUUUGGCUGUAGAAAAUUCUUGUGUUUUGCAUGCAGUUAACUAACAAGCUGUAUCUCAUUCACAGCUGUAUGUAUUUUAUUGAAACUUUACACAGUGCUUUCUAGUCAUCAGACCUCCUUACAUAUAAUAAAGUUGGAUAACUCUUGAUUGAUUUUGAUAGAAAAUAUGGGCCUUUUCUGACUUCAAACAUUUGUUUAAAGUUUUGUUUCAAACCUAAUGUCAAGGUAUAUCUUAUACACUGUUGGAUUGAAAUUUUGCACAUGGCAUACUUCUCAUCAGUGGUACUUACAUAGUCAAGUUACAGAACUCCUGGUUGACUAUAAUGCAAGUUAUGACCCUUGUUUUUACUUAACACUUUUAUCGAAUAGUUGAAUGCACUGUCUUAUGGAUACUUUUUGUUAUAGAUAGUUGUAUAUUUGACAUGAUUUUCAAUGAAUUAUUGAAAUAUUCUAGUGAAAUAAUAUCACCUGAAAUAUAUAUUUUUACUGGUAAGGAAAUACAAAACGGAUAAAACUUAGUUAAAAGCAUUGUAAAAAUAUGAAAUGAAAAGAUUUUUGUUUUUUACAUGUAUUGUUAAAACUUCAUGCGGGGUGAAUAGAAAACAAUUUACUUUAAAGAGUAGUAGAUUUUGUAUAAAUAUAUCUUGGACUUAGUACAAUGUACUUCAUUCCAGUUGUUCAGCAUUUGUACAUCUUCCUUAAUAUGCCAUAACCAUUCAAACUGCCAGUUGUUUAAUGUACUCUGUAACCAUUUUGAUAUUUUUGAAAGUCAUUCAGUUCAGAGUAAUAAUUCUACAUUCCAAAUGCAUGUGUAAAUAUUGAUCAUUUUACUAUCAGUGGCCUCAUGGUAGGAGACAUUCUUAAAGAUAUACCAGUGUUGAAAACAUAAAAGUUUCAUAUAGUUUCAGUGUUUGGGAUUACAAGCAUAUUGAUAUGAGAACAAUGCUGUACAUGUCAGUAAAGUUGAUCUACAAGUAGAAGCAUUUUUAUGUUUUCUUAAAUAUUCAAUAUGUCAAAAUGUUCACAAAAUAAGUUGUUGUUUUAUAAUCAUAUAUCUAGUUCACCUUCAUAUGGUAACAUACUACAAUUAAAUGGCAACUUUUGUGUUAACUGAUAAAACUAGCAGCAUUACUGUCUAUGGUAAGAUAUUUUAAAGUCCUUGUUGGAUGAGAAAUUAAUAAUAAUAUUUUCAAAAAUGUUUGCAAGUAAUUCAUUCCAUAUUUUGGGUAUGCUUUAAUCAUAGACAUGUAACUUAAAAUUAAGCACACAGUCUGUUUCAGUUAAAUCAACAAUAUGAUAGAAAAUAGGCAAAUUCAUAAUUUGUAGAAAAUUUUAUAAAAACCUACUUUGUAAGUAUAUAUACAAGAGUAUUUCUAUGUGGAAAAUGGAUAUACUUCCAUUAUAGAACUUUGUUUGAUGUCAAGUUUUUUCAGAUCAGUCCUAUACAACACAGACUGCUUUUCUUAUUCUAUCAUGUUUUGAAAAAAAUAUUGGUUAAAAAAUUAUUUUUCUCAUUUUCAUAGCAUUUCAUAGUCCAAUGUUUUCAUAUUUUUAUUUGAAUAUAGAUGUAAAUUAUUACAGUGCAAUGUUCUUUCUGUUUAAACGUUUAUACAAAAAUACACUAUAUAUACAAAAAUGUACUAUAUUACUAUUUUGAUCAUUUGUUCAUGCUACUGUAAGUUGCAUUUUGAGUUUCAUUUAUUAAAUUGCAUGUACGAAUUGUGCAUCACUUAAAAGCAUUUUCAAAGCAUUUAAUACAAAAUUGCAUUUUGAAAAUUUUCUUAAGUUGCAUUCUAGAAUUGUGGGAAAUCAAAAGAAGUAUGCCUGUUUAUUUCAGUUUAUUGUGUUAAUUGUGUUCAUACAUUGUCUUUGAAGAAUAAACAUUCCACUAUUUUAUGAAUCAGUCACAUUUUUAGCUCACCUGGACCAAGGUUUUAGUACUGGAGGAUAGUUUGGCAUCCGUCGUCCACAGUUAAUAUAAUCAAAUGAUUCUGCUUGAGCCCUUGUAGGGGCCAAGCUAAAAAAUUUUGAAAAUGCAAUUUCUUCUCAUGAUCUGCACGAUAGGUCUUCAUAAAGCUUAUUCUGUGGCAUCAUUGUAGGAUCUCUGUCAAAUUUGUUCAAAUUUGGGUACUUUGCCCCUGCUAGAGCUAAAAGUAGAAAAACCUGUAGAUGACUUCUCAUGAAUUGCUUGAUGGAUCUUCAUCAAACUAAGUCUUUAGCAUCAUUGUCCUCAGACAGAUUUGUUAGGUUACUUGGCCCUUUUAGAGGCAACUAGAGCUAAAAAUAGAAAAUUCUUCAAGCAAUUUUAUCUUCUGAACUUUUUGAUGGAUCUUCAGCAAACUUGGCUUGUACAUUAUUUAUAUGAUCAUUCCCAAAUUUGUUUAAAUGGGGGUACUUUGCCCUUUCAGGACCCGCUAGUGCUAAAAAUAGAAAUAUGUUUUAACAAUUUCUUUUCAUGAACCACUUGGUAGAUCCUCAUCAAAAGAUAGCAUCACUUUAAGGUCUCUUCAUUUUGUUCAAAGAAUAAAGUUCUAAGGCCCUUCUCCUCAUGGAUCUUCAUCAAACUUGGUCUGUUGCUUUGUUAUUAAGUCCUCUGUAAAAGUUUAACAAAUGAGUGCACUGCUCAUUUAAGAAUGUAGGAGCAAAUUUUUUCUAACAUUAAGAAUUUUUUCAUUCUCUGUGAGCUUGAAGAACAUUAGUUUCCAAGACAAACAAGAGAAGAAAAAACAUAGGUCACCAAACUCGUUUUAAUUUUAUAGGGCAUUUCCUUCACCCACUUAGCAUUUCUGAAAUUUUGUAAAACUGAAAAAAUGGUAGUACUUUAUAAAACAUAUAAUAUCCCACUUAAUGUUAUAGGGAUUUCGGGUCUUACAGGUUGAUAUGAAAACAAGGUGAUGUCAGUAUUAUAUAAGCAUAAAUGUCACAAAUAAAUCUCUCAUUUUUACAUGUUGACAUAAUUACCCCACCCACUUUAUUUUCAAUGCAAGAAACAGAUCUACAAAAAAAUUCUGACGCUAAGAUUUUCAAAAUAUUUUGCAGCUUUAAUGACACAAAAUUGCUUCAUAUUGGAAAAACAAAAAGUUGGGGUCACAGUGCAUCUAAGAGAUUUAUUAAGAAAAAACUGGUGAAUUUCGAUAUUUUUUGUCCUUUUUCUUUUAAUUUAUAUUUUCUAGAUAACAUAAAGUGCUAUCUUGAAAACUUUUAUCUCAAUUGUAGCUUAUUAUUAUAUGUCUCAGUCAGGAAAAUAUCAAAACCAAACCUGAUCUACUUUAAUAGAUAUUUGAAAUCACCUACCCCUAACCCCAUUGUAAAUCUUACGUCAAUUUUAGGCAAAUGCCAGCCAAAAAUAGAGUGGAAAAAAAUUUCCGCAAAAAGUAGAAUGUAUUUGGUCAAAUGGUACAUUAUUAGCCAUAUUUUAAUUAUUUAUCAUUAUUUUUUUGCAAAACUUUGUUAGAAAGCAAUAUUAAAAGAAACAUUUUUCAAAAUGGCUGAUAUCCCGAAAAAAAAACGCUCAUGCAUCCUUGAGGGGUACUAGAGCAAAUAAUUGAAGUACAUUUAAAAUACUUUUUCCCUUGAACUGGCGGAGCUUUAUUAAACUUGUUCCUCCUUCAGAUUUGUUCAGAAGGGGCCACUUGAUCUGUUUUAUGUGUUUUAUAUUAAACACAGCUUUUACCAUUCAUGAUUUAGUGUGUCAUACAUUAUAUUCAAGGCCAAACAGUCAAGAUUAGGUGAGUGACUUAGGGCCACAACUAUCAAAAUUUUCCCUUGCAUGAUGCAGUCAACGUAAUUCAAACAUUUAUUUGCUCAAUAAAUCAGCUAUUAAAAUUCCCUAGCCUCAACCAUCAAAGGAUAUACUAUUCAAACACUGUUACAGUAGUGGCACUUGCUAAUUAUGGGCCAGUUACCAGGGUGAUAUUUGAAAUGUUGACAUGUUUCAAUACUGAAACAUGGUUGAAUUUUUGGACCAAAAUUUUCGUUUUCAUUUUAUAAAUCAUGAAAAGUUAAAAAAAAUUCUGAAACUGAGAAAUGGGUUAUUUCAGCAGCCCUGUGUUGUAUAUAUACAUAUUUGAUUGUUUUGGUUAUUUUAUAAGUAGACAUUUGUAUCUGAGUUUAGGCAUUUUCUACAUAUAUUUGUAUGUAACAGCUUUAUCUGCUAUCAUGCUUUCACGUAGAUUCAUUGAAGGUUAUACUCUGGCAUUGUAUUUAUGAUAAUUGUUGAUACAUGUGGAAGUUUUAGCUCUAGCAUUAUAUUUAUAGUGAUUGUUAACUUUAUACUUUUAUAGUAAUGUUAUGUGUCUUGCCCAACUGGAAAGAAAAGGAAUUAAGCAUUUCAUAUUAUAUUUUUACCAUAAAAAAAAAGGAAUAAAGAGGGAAAACUAAA